UGUUAAAGAUUUUGAUUUCGCUCAUUUGGAACCGGCAUUACUCAAAGGACUUGCUGGUGUUUAA